AUGGGAUCUGGGGCUGGAAGCUUUCUUAAGUUGGUGGCCAAGAAUUUCGACAUUCUUGCUGGGCCUGUGUUUAGUCUUGCUUAUCCUCUAUAUGCCUCAAUCCGGGCAAUUGAGACUAAGUCUCCUGUUGAUGAUCAACAAUGGCUUACUUACUGGGUAGUGAUCUUAGUGGUAGUGGAGGCGAAGGUGGGCGGUGAUGGGUGCAGAGAGAUUUUGUUGGUGGGUGGCGUAGAGAGAGAAACGGUGUACAAAGAAGAACAAGAUGGAAGAGAGGCAGUAGUGGGUUGGCAGGGUUGGGUGGUUGAGAUUUCAUUGGUGGAUGGUGGGUUUUGCUUGCUUGAUUGGUGGUUGCUGUAUGUGAGUUUUUGCUGGUAUUUUGGUGGUUGGUGUCCGUGGUAUGAGUUGUUGGGUGAUGGAUUUGUUGUGGCAUUUGGGAUCCCUUUCUGGUCAUAUGCAAAGCUGAUUGUGACCUGCUGGUUGGUUAUACCAUACUUCAGUGGUGCUGCAUAUGUCUAUGAGCACUAUGUUAGGCCUAUCUUUGUUAACCGAGAGACUGUUAACAUCUGGUAUGUCCCAAGGAAAAAGGACAUUUUCAGUAAGAGAGAUGACAUUAUAACUGCAGCGGAGAAAUAUAUGGCGGAAAAUGGAACUGCAGAAUUUGAGAAGCUGAUUCACAGGGCUGAUAGGGAAGGGCAUUCCAGGGGGAAGAAUUACAUAUUCCAUGAUGAAGACUAA